AUGAUCAAAGAGUUUCGAGUACCAAACAGCAACAACAAUGAAGCAUGCAAACUGGGAGAUUUGUGGAACUUGGACAAUCUUCUACAGCUUUACAUACGAGGAUUAGGCGAUGCAGAAGAGCACGUGGAAGAUGCAAAGCAAGCACCACUUAAGAAUAAGAAAGGGCUGCUCAACCUGACACUCUACUUUUCCAGCAGUAGCAGAAAAAUCCAUGAGGAUGUACUUGAGGCCUUAGAACCGCAUCCAAAUUUGGAAAGUUUGAGAAUAGCUUUCUUUGAGGGCUUUACGGUUUCCCCAAGUUGGCUGAUGUCUCUAACCACCUUGAAGAGGUUAGUCAUGUUGGAUUGUAGUUGUGAGGUUUUGCCUCCUCUGGGAAGACUACCAUCCCUUGAAACGCUUGACAUAUUGGCUUUGGAGAAAGUAGAGAAGGUGGGAUCUGAAUUUUUAGGUAUACAGGUUGAUGAUAACCAUUUGUUCAUCAACUCUCCAUCAUCGCCAUCAUCAAAUACUUUAUUCCCAAAAUUGAAGAAACUCCGUUUUGAACGCAUGGACGCAUUGCAGCAAUGGGUUAGCAUACCCAGAGGGUGUAAGUCAGAGAAUCGUCAUCUAUCUUACAGAAUAAUGCCGUGUCUUCAAUCCCUAGAGUUUGUGUCCUGCAUUGGUCUGGAAGAACUGCCGGACUUCCUCCCAAGAACACCGUUACAGAAUUUGAUCAUAGAAUGUUCUUGGGUUCUCGAAGAAUGUUGCCAAAAGGGCACAGCCAAAGAGUGGCCCAAGAUUUUUCUUAUCCCAAACAUCCAAAUAUCUUGA